UCACAGACUCACAGUCAGAGACACAGAGUCAGUGUACAUCUGGCAGGCAGGUGGGGAGGGUGUGUGUUAGUGCAGCGCCUGCUCGCCGUGACGUGACUUUGUGUUGCAAGCUUCGUAUAAUUGCCCGGCGCAGUGAUUGAUGGUGCUCGCUCCCUCCUGAGGACACGUACAAGGGCUGCCCCUGUGCCUAGUGGGGGAAAGGCAGCCAAUGUCACCCUGUUUCCAUCCGUCCUCCUCCUCCUCCGCUAUCGAACAUGUGACUGCCUUCCUUCCUUCCAUUCGUGGCGUUGCCUACACGAGUGAGGGAACAGUCUUGAAUCCCUUUCGAAAUCCCUGUAUGGAAAUUGGAAAGUGAAUUGAAGGACUUAGUGAACCUUAUAGAUAUGAAGUGAAUCUAAAAUGCCGCACCUCCCCACAGACUUCUUUCCGUGUUUUAUCGUAAAGGGGUUCAGAUAACAAGAGGUUCACCCCAUCGGAUCACCUUACGGCGUCCAGACACUCGGAUCAGUGGAAUCGAAGACGUUUUCAAGUGAUUCAAGUAAACUAAUAUUGCCUCGCCCGGCCCGAGUCCCUUUACUGAUUCCCUCGUAGCUCUCCAGUGACCGACAAAUUCCAGAUUCAGUCAAGGGAAUCGAAACCUUUUUUACAGACAUUCAAGUAAACUAAUAUUGCCAUGUCCCGCCGGCGUCUGUUUCUUUUUCCAUCGUAACUGCAGUGCGCUAACAGGUUUCAGAUAACAGUGGGACGCUUGGCACGCCUUUCACGGGGUGUAGAGACUGAGAUGAAGGCAAAUAAGGACUUUUAGUGGCCCGGACAAGCCCCAUAAUGCAGCGGGAGCACGGCGAGGAGAGAACCUGAAGUGACGCCAGGCAGAUAAAGGGAGGGAGUGCUGCGUCCGCCCUGAGAGAUGUCUGAACACGCCCUGACGCUGGGGACGCUCGUGGCGGUGGUGGUGGUGACGGUGGUGACGGUGGUGGUGGAGGGAGGUGGUGGUGGUGGUGUCCAGAUGUCCCAUGCCUUGGCUGGUAACAACGUGGAGUUCAGCAGGGCGAGAAGCUUUUGGCCCGAGAGGAAUUUUUACGAAGGAAGUGAGGAAGUGGAGGACGAGGACGAGGAAGAGGACGAGGAAGGACUUGAUCUUAACUUUGAAGUGCCGAGGAUACAUGACAAAACUAACGAAGAGGAAGAGGAAGAUGAGGAGGACGAGGAGGGUCUGAAACAUGAAGAACACGAUACAAACCUGAUGAACAUGAUUGAAACUCCCCCGGAACUCGUCACGAUGAACCCCUUCACUGUGGACACGAAGGCGGACGACCAGGAGGAGGAGAAACAACGACGACGACGACCACACGACUCACGGAAGGCCAGGAGGGAGCGACGGAGGCGGAGGAGGUGGAAGAAGAGGAUGAAGGCGGCCAAGAAGUUCUACAGAGGCACGUUCAAAUGGGGCACGAAGAAGCACCAGCGACAUUGGAGCUCCCCGAACAGACGUAGCGGGUGGGUGUCGGGUCAGCCGUAUCGCUCCCUGGACCCGCGGCGCGUCAAGGUGAGACGACACCUGGUGAGGCAACACAACCUGCUACGCGCCAACGUGGACCCGCCCGCCGCCGACAUGCUGGCUGUGAAGUGGUACAAGACGGCGGCGGAGCAGGCGCAGGCGUGGGCGGAGCAGUGCGGCCACCACAGCCACCCCGAGCACCCGAGUGUGCGCUGGACCUCCAACUACGGCGCGUGCGGCCAGAACGUCUUCGUCUCGCCCGCCAAGAAGCGAUGGACGCAGGUUCUGGAGCACUGGUGGAGCGGCAAGAAGGAGUUCCACUACGGCGGGGACAACAACAGCACCGCCGUGGCCGCCUACACCCAGAUGGCGUGGUACAACUCGCACCAGGUCGGCUGCGGCUUCUCGCAGUGCUCCGCGCCCGGCGGCUCCACCUUCUUCAGAUACGUGUGCAACUACUGCCCCGUCGGGAACGACCCCACGCGGCUGGACCAGCCUUACUCUGAGGGGUCGGCGUGCAGCCUGUGUCCGGGGGCGUGCCGCUCCCUGUGUCCGCGGCGCAGCUGUCCUCUGUGCACCAACGCCUGCACCUACUCCGACCUGUGGGUGAACUGCGCGGCGCUGGACCAGCAGUGGCACGAGUGGCUGUGCAACACCAAGACUGCCAACGGCGUGGAGCGCUUCAAGAACUGCCGCGCCACCUGCCAGUGCGUCAACGAGAUCACCUGAGCGGCGCCGCGCGAGGCUUCAUCCCGGACUGGUGAACCGUCGCCGCGGCCGUGUGGCGGCCGUGGCUGUGAACAGCUGAGUGAUGAACUUGGGGCGUGAGGACUGUGCGAUGUAGACAUUUAUUUCUAUUGGUGUAAAUAUUUCACGUUGUGAGGGGUACUUCGACCCCAAGACGUGGGGCAACGACAUGGCGCCGGUGAGGCUCAGGAGACCGCUGAACCUGUAGAAGACGCGGGGCUGGUCAACAAGACCUGCCUGCCCUCCAGAAACAUGUCCUUCCUCGGCCAGCAGUGCUCCGUGACGGGCUGGGGCACGACCAAGGAGGCAGGGUGACAGCGGCGGCCCCCUGCAGUGCCGCGCCAAGAGGGGGCCGUGGAUUCAGGCAGGAAUCACCUCGUGGGGCGUGGGCUGCGCCAAGCCCUCCUACCCUGGCGUCUACAUCUCCACCGGCUACCUCGACUUGAUCUACAGACACAUGGACAAGACCUACUGACGAUGGGACUCGCUUAGGUUUUGUUGUUUAAUGAAUGGCAACAAACCUACUGACAUUGGUACUCGGAUAGGUUUUGCAUAUGUAAGGAGUGACAAGAAAGAACCUCUGACCCUGGCACGGUGUUAGCCUCAGUUUAGGGAGUGCCAAAAAUAUAGACACUGACUCUUAUAACAAGUGCCAGAAGAACAACUGACACAUGCACUCAGACUCCGUGUAAGGAGUGCCAAAAGAAACUGAAACUGUGACUCUGCUUUUACAAGUAUUGGUACCCGAAGAUACUGGCUGUAGCACUUCGUUUUAUUUAAUACCAGAAGAGGCAUUGACUGACACUCUAUGAGGCUUUGUGAAGGGAGUGCCAGGUGAGAUAGAUACUCACGCUGCCAGAAGAGACACUGGCGUUGACUUUCUGUGUAGCCUCUGUGGGGGAAGUGGCCUGCCCGUAAACGAACACCAGACGAUCAACUAAAGAGCAUUCUUAAAGACAUUGAAGGAACUUUUGUCAAAAAAAAAAAAACAUGAAGUGAAGGGGAGUGCCAGAUGUUAACCAUCGUUGGCACUCUUGUAGCCGCAGAAGCAUGUGUCAGACAAACUAUGCAGAAGCGUGUAGAUAGUGCCAGAAGAUCUAUUAAUGUUGGCACUCCUAAAGGUAUGGAUGAAACUGGUGUCAGAACUAAGGACGAGGAUUAAUGGAAUGCUAUAAAGUAUACAUAUUUUGGCACUCUAUAGCCACGUAAAAGUUUCAGAACAAUGGACACGAACUUGAGUGCCAGGGAUGAUUUUUCAGCUGGCACUCUUCUCUGUAGUUGUGGAUGGACGUAGUUAGCGUAUACCUGUGUAGCGCGUGUACCUCUUCAGUGUAUACGGAGACAUAUGUUUUUUGAAUACUUGUAUGUGACCGUGUCUGUAUUAUGUGUUUGUGUGUAUGUAUCUAGAGUGUGUACGUAUGAUUGUGGUGUGUGUGUGUGUGUGUGUGUGUGUGUGUGUGUGUGUGUGUGUGUGUGUUUACCGUCUCUGUGGCCUGCAAACCCGCUGUGUGUUAUCCCAUGGUCGUCCAUCUUUGCUGUGGCGUCUGCGGGUUGUGACGUGGACGCUGUUUACGUGAUAAUAAUUGUUCUGCGGAUUAUUUUAUAGUUUUCUUCCAGCAUGUGACAACGGACCAAGUGUUAAGGACAAUAAAUAAUGUGAUAAAAUAAAUAAUGCGAUAGUGAAAGACACAGAAACACUACCGGACGUAUAUUUCUCGUUGUGACAGACGUGUUUUGUAUUGCCAGACUAUUUGUACCCAAUAUAGAACACUAAAAGGAACAUGAAACAAGAAAACAAAUAAAAGGAAACAAAACA